AUGACUGAGGAUGAUACUUGGACGCUCUAUUUCGAUGGAGCUUCAAACCAAAAAGGUUGUGGUAUAGGAGUCUUACUCGUAUCACCCAACGAAGAGCACAUCCCAAUUUCUAUGAAGCUCGAUUUUGAUGUCACCAACAAUGUUGUAGAAUACGAAGCAUGCAUCUUGGAAUUAGAGACAGUUGUCGCUUUGGGAAUCAAGAAGCUAAGAAUUUAUGGUGACUCUUCAUUAAUCAUCAACCAAAUUUCAAAGAGAUGGAAAAUGAGAAGUGAAAGUCUUGCUACAUAUCAAGCUCAUUUGGAAACUCUCAUAGAGAAACUAGAUGAAGUGGAAUACACUUAUUUACCUAGAGAAGAAAAUCAGUUCGCUGAUGCGCUAGCUAAGUUGGAUUUAAUGGUCCGGAUUCCAAGAGAUACAAUUAGAAUGCUAUUGACCAUAGAACAACGAUAUGAGCCGACUUAUGUUCAUGCACUUGCUGAUAAACAAGACUCGCAAGAAGAAGACAAAGAGCCGUGA